AUCACAACUGGUUGACGUAGUUAUAUAUCAUUGGAGGUUCCUCUUAAAGGGAAAAAGUUCUAACAACAGCCGAAAGCGUCUCUACUGCACACCAAUCCCAGAGAUUUUCAUUCGUCUUCAUAAUGGCGGCCCUUGCUAAGGUCGUGCACAUUUCCAAAGCAGUAAACAAUGUAUCGAAACUGUUUACAAACUUUACAUUAUCGUCAAAUGUCAUUUCUACGACAGCCUCUGUUACUCGACUAACUACAAGGAUACCGACCUGUGCCAACCAAACCGCUUGUUUUCAUACAACACUAAGGCGAAAUGACAUUAUGGAAUUUUUUGAUGACCCAAAAAACUGGGGCGAGACUAAAGUAAAAGUGGGACGGGCUUGGAAAAAAGACGAAUUGAGACUCAAAAGUAAUGAAGAUUUGCAUAAAUUAUGGUUUGUUUUGCUGAAAGAGCGCAACAUGUUAUUAACAAUGGAACAUGCUGCCAAAGAAGAGCACGAGAUAUUCCCAAACCCUGAACGAAAGGACAAAGUUGAUGAAAGUAUGGAAAAUUUAGAGGAAGUUGUUCGUGAAAGAAAUAGAGCUUACCAUCUCCUCGAAACUGGUCAAGACGGCGAACGGUCAGGAAAGGUGGUCACCAGUCAGCUAGGAUUGAGAUACUACUACCGUUUCUCUGAACACAAAAUUCCAAAAUUCAUGAACUCAGGAUGGCGUGAGAGAUAUAAAUUUGGCUCUCGUGGUCAUGCGGUACGGAAGUUCUUGACUUUGUACAGAGAAAAAUUAUGGCAGACGAAGCGCAAAGCCAUGGUCCGUGAGCGGAAUCAUGUAAUGCAUCUCAUCAAAAGAUUCCCUAACAUGGAUCCGGAGGCUAUCAAAAAGCAUUAUCCUAAUGUUAAUCUCGAGAAACUUGCACAGAAAUCCAAGUCACGAGGACAUUAUGCACCUCGGUAAACAUUGCGCUACGUAGAAAAUUUCUCAAAUAUUUCUGUAAAUGAAAUUUUGAAAAUAAUAAAAAUCAUCUUACAUAAGA